AGCAACUUCCGGAGGCUGCCACUCGGCGCUCGGGAUGGAGGAGGGCCGCAUCCCAGACUCCGCGGUCUCCGCCAGCUCCUCCUACGAGCCCAAGUCUGUGGGGCCGCAGAACGCCAGGAUCCGUCAGGAGAAGAACGGCGGCGCGUGGUGCCCGAAGGCGCAGAUCAGCAGCGAGGUGCAGGAGUUCCUGGAGGUGGACCUGGGCCGGCCGCACCUCAUCACCGCCACCGAGACGCAGGGCCGCUUCGGCAACGGCCAGGGACAGGAGUACGCCGAGUCCUUCCACCUGCUCUACUGGAGGGACGCGCUGCAGCGCUGGGUCGUCUACCGGGACGCCAGCGGUCGCAAGGUGCUGAGGGGCAACAGCAACACCUACCUGGCGGUGCGUCAGCAGCUGGAGCUGCCGUUCGUGGCGAGCCGCGUGCGCUUCAUGCCCUACUCCCAGCACACCAGGACCGUCUGCAUGCGGGUCGAGCUCUACGGCUGUCCCUGGACGCACUGGCGGUGGGUGGGCUGGAGCAACGCCAGCCUGGGCGGCCAGCCGCUGGAGCUGGAAUUCGAACUGGAGACGCCGAGGGAGUUGGCGGCCACCCACCUUCAUGUGCUGCACGCGCCGCAGCUGGGCGUCCAGGUGUUCACGGAGGCGUCCGUGUGGCUGAGCCUGGACGGCGUGCACUACCAGUGGGCGACGGCGCCGGUCAGCACGGGGGCGGCGGGGGCGGCGGACUCGGCGCCCUCGUGCGUCAACGUGAGCCUGCCGCUGCACAGCCGCGUGGUGCGCUUCCUGCGCCUGCAGCUGUACUUCGCCGCCGCCUGGUUACUCGUCAGCGAAGUGCGCAUCGACUCGGCGGCGCUGCUGCAGAACGUGUCGCAGGAGGCGCUCGAGGAGUUCUUCCUGCAGCAGGACGCCGCGGCGCAGCAGCCGGCGCAGCCUCCGGCGCACACGGCUGGCGCGCCAGGCGACGCCACGCGCGCGCGCAACGGGGUCGCCACCGCUAUUUUCAAAGAUAACUUAAGACUCCAGGUGUUGGGUGUCGAGGUUGCGGGUAAUAUUCAACAAAUAAAUAAAUAUCCAGUGCUCAUACGAAAAUGGACCCCUGUGACCCUACCGAGAGUAGAGACGAUGUCGGCUGGACAGCAGGACUCGCCUUUUGCAGCGACGGCGGCGAGCAGCGGCCAGCAGGCGUACAUCGGGCUGGUGACGGGCGCGCUGGCCGUGGCGCUGCUGCUGCUCCUGGGCUGCACGGUGCUGCUGAUGGUGCGCCGCGGCCGCAAGAAGGUGGCGCUGCUGCACAAGCACUCCGCGCUCGUCUCCAACGGCGUCGCGCUCAACAUGAAGGAGAUGCUGGCGCCCGGGGGCGGCGUUCUGGGCGUCGGCGCCGGCGGCGGCCUCACGCGCGUCCUCGCGCCCUGCAAGCCCAAGGCGGCCGCGCCGGCGGCGGGGGGCGCGGCUGCGGGGGCGGUCGUGGGGGCGGCGGCGGGCAGCAAGGCCGGCGGCGGGGGUGGCGGGGGCGGCGGAGGCGGCGGCGGCGGUGACAGUGAGGACAGCGAGGGCUCGAGCGUGUACCACGAGCCGUACAAGCUGCUGGCCAAGGCGGGCGCCGGAGGGCACCAGGACUACGGCUGCCUGCUCACCACCAGCAAGAGCGUCGGCCAGUACACCGACUUCACGAGCGUGGCCAGCUUCCAGGAGGAGGUGCGCUUCGCGUCGCCAUCUUUCCACAGCGCGGCGGCGGCGGCGGCGGUGGCGCGGCAGCCCUCGCAGUUCGAGUUGCAGCCGUUCGCGACUCCCACCAAGGCCGCCGCCCCCGCAAGCGCCGCCCCCGCCGUGCCCGAGGCCUACUACGCCGCCACCGACAUCGUCAUGUCGGAGCGGCGCGAGCAGCACCUGGAGCCGGGCUGCUUCACGACGGUGCGCAUCCCGAGCGAGGCGCCGCCAGAGACGACGCCGCUGCUGCAGUUCCCCAGGCACCGCCUGCGCCCGCUCGAGAAGCUGGGCGAGGGCGCCUUCGGCAUGGUGCUGCUGUGCGAGGCUGAGGGAGCCCCCGAGUACGACAGCGUCACGUCGUCGCACAAGAAGCAGAUGGUGCUGGUCAAGUCGCUGUGGAGGGGCUGCGGCGACUCCAAGAGACAGGAGUUCCUGCACGAGGUGGGCUGGCUGGCGAGCCUGCGGGACGACAACGUGGCGCGUGCGCUGGCCGUCUGCUCUGCCGAGGAGCCGCUGUGCUCGCUGCACGAGUACGGGGAGAUGGGCGCGCUGCCCGCCUUCCUCUCCAGGCCGGAGGGCUGCGAGCUGAGUUACGGAUGUCUCAUAUAUAUGGCGUCGCAGAUUGCAUCGGGUAUGAAAUACCUCGAAUCUAUGGAACUGAUACACCGCGACUUAGCAGCAAGGAACUGCGUGGUGGGCCCGCAGUUCAGCGUGAAGGUGUCGGACCACGCGACCUACUGCUCGCGCUACGACCGCGACUACUACGUCAGCGACACCCAGGCGCGGCUGCCCGUGCGCUGGAUGGCCUGGGAGAGCCUGCUGCUGGGCGAGUACUCGACCAAGAGCGACGUGUGGGCGUUCGGCGUGACGCUGUGGGAGACGCUGACGCUGUGCGCGGUGCAGCCGCUGGCGGAGCUGAGCGACCAGCAGGUGGUGGAGAACUGCAGCCGGUGGCAGCUGGACGACGGCCGCCAGCGCUGCCCGGCGCGGCCCGCCGCCUGCCCCCGCGAGCUCUUCGACCUGAUGGCCGAGUGCUGGCGCCGCGACGCCGCGCUGCGCCCGCGCUUCGCCGAGAUACACCUCUUCCUGCAGCGCAAGAACCUCGGCUACACGCCCACACCCCAGACGCCGGUUGCGACGCAGCUGGAGGCGGCGCAGCUAAUAUCGCGGCCCCCCGGGGGCGGUGGAGGUGGCGUCGGCGGCGGCUCCGCGCGGCCCCGUGUCUCGGCUGAAUACGGAGCGCGUCCCGCCGCGUGCCGUUAUUAUGCUCGUAAUAAGGCAGCGGGCGCCGCGAUAUUAACGCGGAUCAGCCGCGCGGCCCGUGGUCGGCUCUUCCCUCCGCCCCCUCCGCCCCCAGCCUGCCACCGCUGGCGGUGGUCGCCCGGCUGCCGCCCCUGCUCUCCGCCGACAAAGGCCAUCGACGGCAUCUCGGCGCACAAUGAGGCCCGUCCCGGGGACAAUGGGGGCGCGCGUUCGGCCGCCGAAGCCUGCGACGGGCCGGGACUGGCUCGGGGCUGCGCAUUUGAUCUGAGACCCCACUUAAACGCGGCGAUCCUCACCGAGCCGAGCCGCUAA